AUGGUGAAGUUGGGGCGCCUUACCGCCAGGCUCGGGCGCUGCCUGGGGUCGCCGCCCGCGGCUUCGCGCCCCGAGCUCGCUCGCAGGGGCGCCUCCGGCGCAGCAGAGGCGGCUCCGACCUCCUUCUCCGCGCGGGAGCGACUGAAGCGGCCAGACGAGUUGCCGGGCCCGGGGGUGCUUGGAUCCAUCUACUGGCUGUUCCUGAGGGGCUACCUGCUGCACACGCACCGCCUGCAGGUCAUUUCCAAGAAGCUCUAUGGCCCCAUUUGGAGAUCCCAGUUUGGCUCUUACGUUAAUAUCAACAUUGGCAGUCCUGAAAUCUUAGAGGAGCUGUUGCGUCAGGAAGGGAAGUAUCCCAUGCGGAGUGACAUGGCUCUCUGGAAGGAACACCGGGACAAACGUCAGCUUCCUUAUGGCCCCUUCACAGAGGAAGGGGAGCGCUGGUACCGCCUGCGGCAGGUGCUGAACAAGAGGAUGCUCAAACCCUCAGAGGCUGUGUUGUAUGCAGAUGCCAUCAAUGAGGUGGUGUCUGACCUGAUCGUGCUUCUGGAGAAUGAGAGGAAAAAGAGCCCCACGGGCGUAAUGGUCCAAGAUAUGGCCAAUAUAUUUUACCGAUUCGCCUUGGAAGGCAUCUCCUACAUCCUCUUUGAGACCCGCAUUGGCUGCCUGGAGAAGCAGAUUCCUGGCGAGACACAGCGCUUUAUUGAUGCUAUUGGCUUCAUGUUUAAGAACUCUGUCUAUGCCACCAUCCUACCCAAGUGGACCCGGGAUGUGCUGCCUUACUGGAACCGCUACCUGCAGGGCUGGGAUAUUAUCUUUGGCUUCGGGAAAAAAAUGAUAGAUAAGAGGAUGCUGGAACUGGAGGAGCAGCUGGCACGGGGUGACGAGAUCUCAGGCUACCUAUCCUACCUACUGUCCAGUGGAAGGAUUAGUCGUGAAGAAGUCUAUGGCAGUAUAGCUGAGCUCCUGAUGGCUGGUGUGGACACGACAUCCAAUACCCUCUCAUGGGCCAUGUACCAUCUGUCCAAAAAUCUGGACAUCCAGGAAGCCUUAUACCAAGAAGUGACCAACGUGGUACCCAAAGACAGGGUCCCAACUGCUGAGGAUAUCACCAAGAUGCCAUUGCUUAAGGCUGUAAUCAAGGAGACCCUCAGGCUCUAUCCUGUGGUUCCCACUAAUGCCCGAAUCAUUGCAAAAGAUGAUGCAAUUGUUGGAGGAUACAAGUUUCCAAAGAAUACCCUCUUUGUGCUGGCCCACUACGCUCUGUCACACGACGAGACCAACUUCCCUGAGCCGGAGUGCUUCAAGCCACGCCGCUGGCUGCGAAAUGAGAGGGAGUUGUCCCCCCACCCCUUCAGCUCCAUUCCCUUUGGCUACGGAGUGAGGGCUUGUGUGGGGCGCCGCAUUGCUGAGCUCGAGAUGCAUCUGGCACUUGCCCGGCUCAUCCGGACAUUCUCAGUUGAGCGUGAUCCCCAGCGCACAGAGGUGAAGGCCCUCUCCCGCAUUGUGCUUGUGCCAGACAAACCUAUUAACUUGGUGUUGGUUGACAGACAGAUGGACAGACAGAGCUUCAAGUGAACCUCCAGCAUCCUCUGGACAGACUGCAAAGACUUAAAGCACUGAUUGUAUGAAGUGCUCCUGCCCUGGCCAGCCAGCCAGCGGAUCCUUCCAUGCCCAGAUCACCGUGAGCCUCUGAUUGCAUCAGCAGUUUUAUUGAGUUCUUCUGUGCAUCCUUGGAGGCUGAGCACUGCAUUCCGCUCCCACUUCAUGCUUGCAGUGUGCACUUGCAUGCGCCAGUGGGGAUGAUAGCUUAGCCCGUGCCUGCAGAACUGGCUGAUUCGCUGCUUCCCUUUUUCCUUUUCUCCUGCUGCUUCCCUGUUCCUGUUCUCAAGAUGUUGGUGCCAAGAAAUAUGGUUGCUGUUGCUGUUAGUCGUGAAGUCGUGUCCGACCCAUCGCGACCCCAUGGACAACAUUCCUCCAGGCCUUCCUGUCUUCCACCAUCCCCCGGAGUCCACUUAAGCUCACAGAAAUAUGGUAGCGGUUACUAAAACGAUCCCUUCUUCCUCCACAACAUACUGCCUCCUGCUCUUUGCUUGACUGCAGGAGCUAGACCUCUUGGUGCAUUUAUUUUCCCCACGGAAUUGUAUUUUAUUUUGAAAUAAAAGUGAAAAAUACAAGCAACAGAAAAAGAAUACACAUAACAAAAGGACAAGAGGGUGAAAGAAAUAAAGAAGCUGACUGAUUA